CGGUUAGCCGCCAUAAAACAGAAACGAUAGCUUAUCAACUCCACAGCGACAUAAAAAACAUUAAAAUAGAAGUAAAUUUUUGUUGAAUUGUUGAAAGUUAUUGAAUGUGAACGCAAUAAUAUUACAAAAUAUUUAAUCCGACUGCAACAAAGUAUAUAGAUUGACUAUUAAUUGUCGUUUAAAUAUAUAUACACCCCCACCUCCGCUACGGCCUCGGUCAAAGAGCAGUGUAAAUAAUUUUGUAUCAUUACGAAACUUGUGUGUACAAAUGCAAAUGCUUUUAAGGUACAGCUAAAGACUAGAUACCACUCUGGCUGCACAUCCAUCAGCAUGGCCAUGCAUUCAUAUAUGCGGGCCAACCCGAACCAAACCCAAACAAACAAUGUCAAUGUGAAUUUGAGUCCCGACGAGGUGAACAACUUCCUAAAGGACAAGCAGGCAUGGGAACAUGCAAUAUCGCUCUACCAGGGACCUGAUCCGCUGGAUCACUGGUACAACUACAUCUGCUGGUAUGAAAACCAUGCGCACAGCGACCCAGAUCGCAAAUUUCGCGAAACGCUCGAGCGCUGUCUCACAGUCUACGAGCACGACGAUUACUAUAGGCAGGACGUGCGGCUAGUGCGCCUCUGGCUUAAAUACAUUGCCAUGCAAACUGAUCAGUUACGAUUCUAUCAGGUGCUCUUCCAGCGCGGCACUGGACGCCAGGUGGCUGCAUUUUACAUAGGCUGGGCCAGUUACUACGAGGCGCACGAACAGUUUAAGGACGCCGAAGCAGUAUUUAAUCUGGCUUUUCAAGAGAAAGCCCACAGCAGUGAUGAGCUUCAAAGUGCCCAUGCCAAGUUUACCUACGGUCGCUCAAUGUUUUACCAGCAGCAGCAGCAGCAACAGCAACAAGUGCAGCAACUUCAGCAGCAGCACCACCAACAACACCAGCACCAGGCGCCGCCUCCCCAUGACGCACUGCAGCAGCUAACAGCAUACACACAAAGUCAUCACCAGCAACAGGAGCAUCAACACCAGCAUCAGCAGCCAGUCUAUCCACAUCCUGCGCCAGACACAGCAUUAAGAGCCCAUCAUCUGCAUCAGGAGAACUUUCACCAAUAUCAGCAGCAUCCCCAGGAGCUAGCCUAUCUGCCCCAAAUACAUGGCCAACAGCCACAGCAGCAACAACAGCCACCGCCUCCAACUCACUACCAGCAACAGGAACAGCCGCCUCCUGCGGUGGCAGCACGCUUUGAGCAGCAGUUCCAUCAGCCCGCACUUGCUGCUGCACCCAAUCAAACGGUGGCACAUCCACACUACUCACCCAUCUCGCACCAAAAUAGACCUGCCACAAACACAAACACAUGCUAUGAAGCACAAGUACAGGGACAGCUUGAGCAGGUGGCGUUACCUGCCACCUCCAACGAGGCAUAUCCACAGCAACAGGCACAGCCUGUGGAUUCUUUGACGGAAGUAGGCGGCGUGCGUUUGCCGCGUAAUUUUCAUGCUUAUGGGCGCAACAAUCACGAGACCUGGAAGCCGGCACUGACUCUAGAGGAGCCAGACGAUCCCUCGCGCGUCUGUCACUAUGCCAAGCAGCUGGUUUAUCCGGCUGGAGCAGGCAUCGAAUAUAGUCCGGAAGAGCUGCUGGCCCGCAAGUAUAUCGAGCUGCUGGAGCAGCGCAAGCAACUGGCGCAAGCGCAAGCGCCGCUACAGUCGCCAAAUGUGAAAGUACAAGAGCCUGCAGAGCAUGACCAGCAACUAAAGAAGGAACCUACCUAUCCGGCUGGACAGCAACAGCAACAGCAGCAGCAGCAGCAACUAUACGAUUCCUAUCAGACAGAGAGAUCCUACUAUAUGUCGGAGGUGAAUGGCGAGCUCUAUGCGCAGCACACCGAAGAAGCAGAGGAAGGAAAUUCGGGGCCCGAUGAGGACGACGAAGGUGAAGAGCAAUCAGAGGAGGAGUCGGACGAGGAGGGCUCCGAUCAGCAGGACCAUGAUGCAGAGCCCGUCAAGCAGGAAUACAGAAAUGGCGUCGAUGGCAACAUGCAUUUCAGUGCCAAGACAACGUUCGAGGAGCAGAAUCGCUCCAUCAAGAUUAAGUUCAAGAAGGAACGCACGCUGGAGAGUAGCACGUACAGUGCUUAUAAAAUAGAGAGCAUUUACCAUCAGCAGCAGGACCUGCCUUCGCCGGCGCCCGAGCCUGUAGCAGUGCCUGCGCCGGCUCCUGCUGUCACGCCCAUACAAAAGCUUGCCGCUUCGCCCAAAAUUGUCCAGGACUGGAGUGGAGCGACUGCAGUGCCGCGCCAACGCAACGGCAACCAUCAUUUCCAUCCGUAUAUGCUGGGUCAGACCUCGACGCCAAAGAGCACAGCGAACGAGAGUCGGCGUGCUCGUUCCAAGGCGAAACAGAGCAAGUUUCAACGGGAGCUGUACAGCAACAGCAACUCGUCCUGCUCAGUGCCCGAUCAGGUGGCGAAUGGCGUGGACACUGGUCCAGGCCAUGCGGACUCUGAGGCUGCUGCGGCGCCCAUACACAACGCUACCUUCAAUGACAACGCCAACUUCUCGUUCUCCAGCGCCGGGGGUCAUGACAAUUCGAACAACUCGCUGGCUUUAGCCGUGGAUGGACUGCAUGUGCGUGAUGCCUCACACUUGGCUUGCGGUGGCAACAACAAGUCGCAGCAUGCCACCAACAACAAUAACAACAACAACAACAUGACGACGACACAAACCGCCACAAGCAACGCGGACUUUUCCACAUUUCAGGAGAACUCGUAUUUCGCCACGCAGCACGACUCGGAGGCACAGGAGCGUCGCCUGUCCAAGGCCCUGGAGACAAUCGACCGUCAUAUGGAAAAGGUGGCCAUCGACCCGUUUAACAGCGAAUUGUGUCGCGCCUUCUUGACCAAACUGAAUUUCCCGGGAGACAACGAUGAGCACGCCAGCUACAAAGUGGUGCAGACGCUACUGCCAAAAAUCUCCAAUACGCGCACCCUCAACGUGUUGGACAGCGUGCACUUCAAUAUCGACAAGGAGGUGGGUCGCGGCUCCUACGGAUCUGUCUACAAGGCAACCGACACGCGCUCCGGCAACCUGGUGGCACUCAAGUACCAGAAGCCCCCAAAUACUUGGGAGAUCUACAUAUGUGAUCAGGUGCUCCGCCGCAUUCGGGAUCCUCAGGUGCUGCCCGGACUGAUGGACAUAUCAACGGCGAUUAUAGCGCCGAAUGCGAGUCUAAUUGCCACCGAGUUCUCGCCCUUCGGUUCGUUGCUGGACAUCAAUAACAAGAUACGUCAGGCCACCACGAAGGUGAUGCACGAAUCCCUCGUCAUGCACUUCUCGGCACAGAUCUGCAACAUUGUGGAUCACUUGCACAAACAGCAUAUCAUCCAUGCGGACAUCAAACCGGAUAACUUUCUGCUGAUGCGUGUGCCGAAUGUGGACAGUCCAGAGCCUUCGUUGCGACUGAUUGAUUUCGGUUGCGCCAUCGAUCUGUCGCUCUUUCCCGACGGCGAGCGCACCAAGUUCCGCAAGGUGGUGCAAACGGACGGCUUUACGUGCAUCGAAAUGCAGGAGGGACGCUCGUGGUCCUUCGAAACGGAUCUGUUCUGCAUUGCCAGCACGGUGCACGUGAUGCUCUUCGGCGAGUACAUGCAGCCGGAGAAGCGCACGGCCGGCUGGGAGAUACGGCAAAAGGUGCCACGAUAUCUAAAAAAGCACGUCUGGUCCAAGUUCUUCAGCGAUCUGCUCAAUAUGCAGGCCGAUAAGCUGCCCCAGCUGCAGCAGAUACGCGAUAUCUUUGAAAAGGAAUGCCGCCUCAUGGACUCUGAGCUACAGAAACAAAUACGCACACUCUCUAACAUUCUGCAUCGGCGAUAACCAAUGAGAGCUUUCUCCUCAUCCAUAUUACAAUCAUUUCAAUCGUUGUGCACUCGAGCUAAUUUCGUUUUUUAUUUUUAUUUUUUGUUUUUUAUUUUGUUUUGAAUAUUUUGAUAACAAUUGAAACACUUUAAUUUUGAGUACACUCAGUUUAGUUCCGAUUAAGAGGUGUUAUUAAUUAUGCUCACAUUUCAAAUAUGAUCUAUCCAUAUUGACUACGUUUAGUUUUCAAAUAUGAUCUUGAAAUCGAUCAUACCUAUGAUCUAAACUGACUAAAGAGAAUGAAUACUUGCAUUAGCGUGCACAACUUUUCCAAGCAUAGAACACACUCUCUAUACCAGCUGAGCAUUAUCAAUAUUCUCGUAUUUAAUUUUAAAUGAAGUAAAAGCUGAGCAUACUUUAUCAUUAGUUUUAUCUCACAAGCGGAAGCAGACGAAAUUGUAUUCGGACAAACAGAACUAUACCAAAAGAUUAACUAUUAAUAUAAUGCACUAUAUAAUUUUGGAUUAUAUUUCAUAUCAUACAUACACAUACGUACUGUAUAUAAGGCCUAUAAACACUCUAUUAGCGAGUUCCUGAAUCUAAAUUCUCCUAAAGCGAGUCCGUGACUUGCACUUAACUUUCCUUUGUUUUGUUUUUUUCAUCUGAAAAUGUUGUUUGACGUACGUAUGAAUCAAUUGAAUCAGUUGCCUCUGCAGCUAGUUGAAUUUAUUGAAUAUUUAACAUCUGGUAAAUUUCAGACUAAGAAAUAUCCUAAAAUCAGGAUAUGGCCUGGGACACUAGUCAAUUACGUAAAGCAACAUAAAACAACGUUAAGUUAAUGCAUUACAACAACAGAUUCUUCUUGAACAACAAGACUAUGCUGAAUACAUUUGAUAAAAACACAAUAUAGAUUGAGGAAUUCGAAAAGCCGAUUUCAAGUCUAUAAUAAUAAUACAUAUAAUACGGACCACCAAAAACAUCCAAUUUUGCGUUCUAUUCGAUUUCAUAUUAAUUACUUAAGUACAUGUAAAUACUUAUAGAGCACAAUGGAAAAGAUCGUGCAAAUAAAGAAAAUAAAACAAAAAAUUAAAAAUUUAAAA